AUGGCUGAUACCUCUGAUAUGCCUCCUCUUGUUGAUGCGCCUGAGUCGUACGCGGGGAUGAGCGGCGCGCCAAUGCCCGCUGGCUUAGCCUCAUACCCAUAUGCCCCUCAAAUGAUGUAUCCCCCUCCAGGUGCCAUGCCAGGCGUCGUCCCCGGUGCUGGAGCCGAGGGCGGGACUGCCUGGAUGCCCUUCGCCCAGCCGCCUCCGAUGAUGUUUUGGCCUGGGACACCAGGGCAGAUGCCUAUGAUUCCUCCCCCGAUGAUGAUGACGCCUGGCGCGAACAAUGCCGCAAUAAACCCAGCAAUGCCUCCACGAUCGGGAGACGAUAGCGUGGACGAUCGCUAUACUAACUAUUUCUCCACCCCCAAGACGGAUGAUAUGGGCUUCCCGAGCGCGCGCACGACGCCACGGACGCUGACUCCGUUUUUACCGUCGCCUUCGACCUCGGAUUCAUCAAGUCCUUCGUCGACAACUAGUGGGGUCUCGCGGUCGCGUUCGGUGCGGUCGAUGGGCGCGCUGGGGGCGCGGGGGGACGAGAGCAGCAAGCGACCGCCACGAGAAUGGCGACCCGACUUCAGUAUGUCACGCUCGAUCAGUGGCGCCCUUGGCUCCAUAUUUUCAAAGGCGCGGACUGCGUCGAUCUCUGGUGCGAGUGCGUCUGUUGCUCUCUCUCUCUUGGUCUUUUUAAUUUACCCGUGCACUGCAGUCCUCGAUUCAUCGCGGAUGCCCAAGUUACACCCAUUCCUACGAUAUACAGGUUCAGCGCCAUCGAUGCAUUAUGACCUGCGACAGCAUCCGCUAAUGGUGCGCUUUCGCUCCAUCGAUCGUCCGGUGAACGAGUACGACCUGACGCGCUUCGUGUGCGAGCCGCCACAAGUGUUCAUGCGGCUGUACUGCGCGCGCUUCCCCUGGUAUAUCGACGUGGACAGCAAGAACCCAACAGGCGUGACACUGCACGAGCUUUUCAGCGCAAUAUAUGUCACAAUGAUGACGCCAAUCUCCCAGGCGGAUUACUGGAAUAACGAGAUGGACGAGAGUGUACGAGAACGCAUCGCCCGUGCGUGGUCGGAACGAUGCGACAAUCAAGAGGAGCGAAAUAAGGGCGUGCGCCGUGUCGACUUUCUUAUGGAGCGCUUUGUUUUUGAAGGUUUAUUUAGGGGGAAAGAUGGUAUGUGGGAAAUGAAAGUAAAGAAACUGUGA